CGGCCGACGCGACGGCGCGCGCGCAGCACCUCGCGCAAUUGGGAUGUUGGCGGCGAGGCUCGCGCAGCUCUGGCACGGCCCGCACGAAGCAUGGACGAUGACGACUUCGACUUCUCCGACGCAGACCUCGACCACCUGCCCGCCAACACGCUGCAGCAGCUCGAGACGACGGCCCUGCGCGCCACCCAGCCGCAGCACCACGCCGUGGUCCCCGCGGACGACUCGGCCUACUACGGCUUCGACGACGGCGACGAGGACCAGGUCGUCAAUCUCGACGACGACAGAGGCGCACCCCGCUUUCCCAACACCCAUGCCGAGGCCUACCAGCCUACGCAGCCCGACCAUGGCGCCAGCGCGCAGUACGACGGCGCCGUCGACGUCGACGAGCUGCCGCGGCAGUCCCAGGUCGACGUGGGGAAGCUCCUCGAGCGCAUCAAGAAGCUGGAGCAAGAAAAACGGCGCCUGAACCAGAACCUCGACGCAGCAUCCGCCGACGUCAUCCACAAGACGGGCGAGGUCGACAACCUGCGCCGCCGCACCGAGCAUGCCACCCGCCAGGCCGAGCAGCGCCUCGCCCAGCAGCAGCAAGAGCACAGAGACGCAGCAGGCAAGAUCGCGGCCGAGAGAGACGCUCUGUUGCGCCAACUCGAGCAGGCCAAGACGAACAGCGCUUUCGACGAGCACAGUCGUGUCGACGAGCACAUGCGCAGGCCGCGGCGCGUCGUGCCAUCCCGUCCCAAGCCCGCUGCGCCCGUUGCACUCAGCCCGGCAGGCACUCCCAGCAAGCGUCAAAAGAACCUUCCCCUCGGCGAUGGCUUUGACGACGACGAUGUGGUCAUGGUGUCGCCCAGCAAGAGGCGGGACAAGCCCAAGGCCGCGACUCCCAAGCAGGCGAGCAAGAGGAAGCGCCAAAUCACCAAUGAUAGCCCCGUCCCCAUACUGGAGCUGAGUGAGCCGAGGACGCAGCCCAAAGCACCUGACCCAUCCUCCAUCAACGAAGCCCAACUUGACAUCAACCUGCUACGCAACUUGUGGAGGCAUGAUCAGCGGUACGCUCUGCUCCAUCGUCUUCUGUCGCACCGCUGCUCCAAGGGCGAUGACCGCAUACUGGAGGCACUCACGCAGCACGCAUAUCCUUCUGAUCCCAUGAAGAAGCUCUCGUCUGUUGUAUACGACUCCUUCUCUGCUUCCGCCCCGUCUCACAACGCCCGCGAACUUGCGAUCCGACUUUGCGGUAUCUUCAACAAAUUAUGGAUGCAAUGUUUGCGUGAGAGCUACUAUGCUCCAAUAUACCUCAUUCUCGAUGCUUUGCAAUUUGUGCUAGCGUGCGAGCCGGCAAAGACAGCCGUCGCAGUCAUGCAAGACAUCAUUCCGUUGAUCGUCGAGUCUGUCAAACUCGUGGCCAUCCCUAUUUACGAAGCUCGCAACCGAAACGAGAAGAAGACCGCCUUCCUGUUCUCGUCCGCAUACCAGAAUACCGUGGACGAAAUCAAUGUUCAGAGCUGCCUGGACCUACUCUAUUUGCUGGCCACUUGCUGCUUGUCCUGUCCUUCGCCGGAACCGCUGGCACAAUUUUGGCGCGACAUGCCCAUCGAUUGGGUCCUCCUGAUGCUCCAAAAAGAGCAACCCAUCCCACACAUGCUCAUCCUUCUCCGCACUCUUUCCACGUCCGCGCUUCCUGCUUCUCUCGGUCCCAUCAUCGCCUCCGAACCCGAAACGCAAAGAGGCGGCGAAAGCAACCUCCUCGCACGCCUCACCAACCUCUUUUCUGAGUCCAUCGAGCCCAUACCGAAUCCCAAAUCAGCCGAGCCCGCGCAACCAGUCCAAGAAUCUCAGAUUUGGAUCGUCCGGCUCAAGAUCCUGGAUGUGUUGACACAAUUCUCCAUUCCCGAAUACGGCUCUGCAGUUCUCAUCAGCCACGGCCUCUGCAUAGGCCGCCUGAUCAAGUAUCUCAACCACGCCGUGUCCGCGCUGUACGCGCGUCCUCUGUCACCCACCCAGCCGGAAAAGAUCGCCACCGUGAACACGACGAUGAAGCUGCUCAACCACUUGACGACGUGCAACCCAGGCUUCAAUAUCAAGAGCAAACUCAAUGAGACGUUGGGUGGCCUUCACGCGUACUAUGUUAGUCUUACGCGGCUCGCGUUUUCGGAAGGACUAGUGCUCGAGGCAGGGAUCGAGCAGGAGGUUAUGGACAUGGCGCAUGAUAUCCUGGACGACGGGCUUAGUCCUGAAGAGGGAGACGCAUUGGCGGAGGUCUUUCCUAGUGGGAAUUCCGCAUGAGAUGGAGCGUGGGUUUUGGCCACAAAAUAAAGAGUGAGGUUGUAUGCAGGCAGAUGCUGGGUUGGCUAACUACUUUCGGGCGUUGCAUGUACUGGAUUGGACAUUUCGGGUGCAUAGGGCGGUGUAUAGCGUUUUGGGGCUGGAUAGAUACCCUGUCGGCC